CGCACUGCACUCGACGCUCGAACGCCGGGAAAACACGAGCCGUUUUCCGCCGCGACGAUACGCACCCGAAGUUUACGGAAUUCGUACGCACACGAUUUUCGAAAGUUUUAUUUUUUAUUACGGCCAGCAUUCUUCGUAUUGUUUCAUUGUUAUUUUUUUUAUUGCUCAUUUUGUGAAAAGUGUUUGGAAAACUUUAAAUUGUGGGAUGUUUGUGUUUCGACUUUUGUGAUACUGUACAGUUAUCGGUUGCUGUUCGAUCACUCUAAAAGUUUAUAUUGGAGUCCAUCAAUCAAGCUCCACUCGGCGGGGACAAUUGAACCGGCCUGCGGACAUCAGUAGCACUUAACAUGUCCGACUAGACCAUUCACCGCUUGUCUGUACCAUGAAAACUAUAUAGUGAUCUUCACAACGACAGCCAAACAAUCUGUUAUCGAUGAACGACCUAAAUUACAACGCCGGGAUGAGCUCCUACCAGUUCGUCAAUUCCCUGGCCUCGUGUUACGGGAACCAGGCGCCUGGACGUACAGGCACGCCUGUGGAACAAACAGGCCAUCCCGGUCUACCGACGCCGGGAGCCGACUAUUACAAUCCAAACGCGGCGGCGUCAGCUUAUCCUAAUGCUUGCUACUCACCGCCGCAAGUGGGCCAUCAUUACCCACAACAUCCGUAUGCAACGCCCGCAACAGGGGCUCACAUGCAGCCGCAAACGAUGAUAGAUUACACACAAUUACAUCCACAACGGCUCGGCAGCACGGCGAGUCAUAUGCAUCAACAUUCGAACGCGAGCCCCGGAGCGCUAUCACCCAACUUGAUGUCGACUCCGCCCACUCAAGCGACUGGAGCCAGUUGUAAAUUUGCAGAUUCCACAUCAACCACGGGCGUUGCGUCACCACAGGACCUGUCUACGUCUUCCGGCCCGGGAAGAACUUCGCCUGGUUUUGGCACCGUCGGACAGAAUUCUAGUGGUACGAGCACAAAAUUGGGAUUGACGACUCCGAUAGCGUCUCCAGUGGAACACAAAGCUAGUGUGAAUCAGAACAUCUCGAGUCCUGCUUCGAGCACAUCCAGCAAUGACAGCAACGACGCCAACAAUUCCAGUUCCAACACGAAGAACUCCAAAACCUCCGGCAACGCCCAGGCGAACCCUCCGCAGAUAUAUCCUUGGAUGAAACGAGUACAUCUUGGACAAAGCACGGUGAAUGCCAACGGAGAGACGAAGCGCCAAAGGACGUCGUACACCCGCUACCAGACGCUCGAGCUGGAGAAGGAGUUCCACUUCAACCGGUACCUGACGCGGAGGAGACGGAUCGAGAUCGCGCACGCGCUCUGCCUCACCGAGAGACAGAUCAAGAUCUGGUUCCAGAACCGCCGCAUGAAAUGGAAGAAGGAGCACAAGAUGGCUUCCAUGAACAUAGUCCCGUACCAUAUGAAUCCGUAUGGCCACCCCUACCAGUUCGACCUUCACCCGAGCCAGUUCGCGCACCUGUCCGCAUAGGAUCAGUGGAAUUUUUCGAACAGCGGAUAACUGAUUUACUAAACUAGACAGUCGUCCGCGAAAUGCGGGGUUGUUGUGACACCCGAAGACAAUUCAGGUGCGACAGCAACCAGACUGGAUCAGUUAUUCGCUGUUCGAAAAAUUUACCCAGUGUAGCCUAAUUUUGUUAAAUCGUUAUGGUGACAUUACAAAGUGACGCUUACAUCGAAGUGUUAGUGCUGAACGUUGUGACUAUUAGUGAAGUUCGUCGUUUCAUUGUGCCCAAAUAUCAAUCGUACGAAACUCAUCGGGUUCAUCUGCUCGAGUGCGUUGUCGAAGUUCACGGAGGAAAGUAUAUCAUAAACCUAAAAUUACGACAAAAUCAUGUUAAAUAUUUGAUGUAGUAACAAUUUUACCUAGUCAUAAGAUUUAAUUCGAUCUAUCCUAUUAUUUCUAAAAGUAUAUGAGAAAAGCGAUUGAGUUGUAACCGAAUAAUGUAAGUUGUGAUGGCUGGGUAAUGACAGACGUGUUAAACGAGCCGCGUCCAUUGUGGACGCAUCGUACAUCUAUGUAAAAACACGGCCGUCACAAAUAUAACAAAUUCGGAAAUGUACAGGGAUAGCGUAACACUUGGCGAAUCCAAAUGACGCAAUGUUGAAAACAACAUGUAAUGUAUCAAAAUUAUCUAGAUCAUGUCGUAUCUACACGUAUGAAUAUAAAUAUGUUAUAAAUUAGAGAGGGCUUGUAAAGAGCUGUGAACUAGGAGUACGUGAGUAAGCUCAGUAAUAAUAGAGAAUUAUUGUGAAUAGGUAGAUGUCUCUUCCUAUCGAUGUAAAUACAUGUUUAGUAGUUACAAUGGAAAAUCUAAUAUAUUUCAGUAAACUUCCCGAUGAACUGUUUUAUGUUCCUGUCCUUAGUUUGUAAAUAACAAAAUAUUUAUCAUACGUAGGCGUAACGAGUAAGAUACCUAAUUAACUCUAACGAUUACUUUAUCAAUAGUAAUUUUUUUUAAUGUUUCCCCAAAUGAUACCAUUCAGAUUUACAUGUGACUAUUACGUACUUUAAAUCUUUAAUAUUUGUAAAAUGUACUUAAUAAUACUAGAGGUUAAAAGUUUUCCUUUAUCUUCCUUGAAAUUCGUAUUAUUGAUUUCGACUAAUGUUUUUGAAACUAUGACGAUUACUAAUAAGCAACGCUUAAGAUUGUGGUCACAUUAUUUUAUAAAAUUUGUCGUGGUCAACUGUGAUAUUUUGUUAAAUUUAUUCUUAAGUGAAACUGUUAUGUUCGGACAUUUUCACUCUGUAUGUUUGUAAUGAAUAAUAUCGUCGGCUGGUUCAUUUGUUGCUUUAUUUAUUGUUUGUAAAUAUUAGACAUAACUUGAUACAUUGAAUUCUAAACUUCUUGAAGUGUCAUCGUUUCUUUUUGUAAAUUUUGCUGUGCAAUACAAGUGGCCUGACUUGUUUCCAAUAUUUUCUUUCAUUUUAUGUACAAUGUUUCCCCUUGAUUAAUUAUGUUAUUUCUUUUUAACUAAUAAAUAAUGUUUAUCAUUCAUUCCAAUGUAAAUGAGGACUCUAGGAAAGUAUGCUACUUGAUCAUUUUAAAUUAUUGUAUUGUAUUAAUAAAGUGUACUAAAAUUGGAAAAUUGGUGAAGAUGAUAAAAUAAAUUAUGAUGAUAA